UGAAGGCUACCUGGGGUGGGAAGGGUUAAGUCCUGUAUAGCUGAUACUAGUUUUUGGUUUUUUACGUUUCUUGAAAAACUUAAAACAGUUGUUUAAAAAAGAAAUACAAAUUAUUUCCAUGUUUUUGCCACAAUAUUACAUUUUAUUAUGUACAGAAAGCAGUCGCCCACUCUCUAUACCUUAUCUUUACCUUACAAUCGCACGUAUGCAAAAAAAAAAAAAAAAAAAGUUCACAAAAACGUGUUGUCAAUGCUGCUUUGACUAUUUUAUUGGUAAAAUAUUUUAGCAACUUAAAAUCUACAUGACAUUUCUCACUAGUGAGGUAAUAAUGGUGUUGUUCUUGAAGCUGAUGAACUUACAGUUUUGCUGUUAGUAGAGAAGCUGCUGCCGAACACUGUUGAGAGACGCACAAUGGUUUGCAUCAUGGCCGCAUCACCACCUCAGGUGUGCAUGGCCCAUCGUCAGUUAUUGCUUACAUACUUCUUAAAGACAGUAUUUACCAUUUACUUUGUCUAUUUUCACUCCAACAGUGAAAGUAGAUUAAAACAGUGCCUCCGAAAAGUCAACUAUUGUGUGUCUCCAAGGAAUACAGCAUGUUUUUUUCAGUAAUAAUUUUGAUUCAGUGAAUCGUUGUAUUUGAACAAAAUGUUUGACUGAACAAUUCAAUAAAAAUUAAUAAAAAAUAGCUACUCCUCUGAUUCCUGAAUGAAUCAGUGUUUUGAUUGAAUAGGUCAGGUAAAUCAUUCAAAUGAUUCAAUUACUCACUUUUUUUGCCACCUACUGGUGUAAUUAAGUAACAAGCAGAGCAAUUAUAUUUCAUUUAGUUAUAUUUUAUACAAUGUUCUCUUGCCUUGUAGAUGUACCAAAGCUUCCCAUCCUUACACCCACUGAUCUGAAAGAAGUGAUGGAGGAAACUACAGUCAAUCUGAUCUGCUCUGCUGAAGCCCCCUGCCCCAAACAACCUCCUACAAUUUCCUGGUCUUACAUCCCUGAAUCUGCCCACAUUACAAGAAAGUUACAGGAGAAACCUGAUAAAACCCAGUCAGUGUUUUCAUACAUGACCUUCAAAGCUUCAUACAGAGAUCACAGAAAAAACAUCACCUGCACUGCUACAUAUCAAAGAAAUACAUCUAAUGACUCAACUGUGGAGAGCAACAUAACGCUUAAAGUUCUCUUUUCUCCAAAAGAGACUCACAUCACCAUCGAUCCAUCUGAUUCAGUCUCUGCUGGUACUAAUGUGACUCUGACCUGCAAAAGCAAAGCCAGUCCAAAUGAAAUGAACUACACCUGGUACAAACUUGGACAGGAGAAAGAGCUGGAUUUUGGAGAACAACUGACCUUUAAUGUAAAUAGGAAUUGUGGCGGCUGGUACUUUUGCACAGCAAAGAACAUAUAUGGUAAUCAGAAAUCAAAAGAAAUCCAGCUAAUUGUGGCAGCUUCAUCAGAAAAAUCAUUGCCUUUACUCAUUGGCUGUGUAGGAGGAAUUUCAGCAUUUCUGUUUAUAUUUCUUCUGGUAACAAUUUUCCUAAGAUUGCAAAGAGUAAAGGCAUCCAUUAUUAGGGAAACUGACAUCUCAGAUCAGGGUCAGGAAAAACAUAUGGAGAUCAGCUCCAUUUAUGAAAAUAGUGCUUUUGCGACAACUGAAGAGCUAGAAAUGCCAAAGGAUGAGACUGAAAUCCAUUAUGGACAGAUUGACUUUUCCAAUUCCCUAACCAAAAGCGUCACAGUGAAAUGCCCAGGACAAGAGACGAUAUAUGCCGAGGUCUGUGGUUCAGGGAAAGAUUAGUUUAAAUUAGAAUAAACAGCUUAUGAGUGAUUUGUGUAAAUGUAGUAUGCUUUGGCCUGUGGCAUAUGUGCAUUGUCAUCCAAUAUGGAAAUACUUUUAAAUGAAUUAAAAAUAACUAAUUAAUUUCAUCAUUAAGUUCUUCUUAAUGAAGAUAUUAAGUUCUUCAUUGUAGGCUUAAUAGAACUGAUUUAUUAGGAACAUCGUUCAUCCAUCUUUCUGAGGACAACUUUUCUGCAUAGUGAUUCCAGAGUCUUCCAGUUAUGUGUUUAAAUGCCACAUCUGAAGUAUUCUGUAAUUGUAAAACUUUUUUUCACUUGUCUUGUUACUUCUCUGCUCAAAUUUUUCUUAAUUAAUUAAUUCAUUAAUUCAAAAAUCUGAUUAUGAUCCUAACCCUGAUUAUAACUCUAAACUGAUACCAGGGACACUUGGACUUGUUUUAAGUUGCAUUUUGUGAAGGGGUGAAAGCAAAUAUAUUUGUAUGCUUUUAUCGUACAUUUUUGUAUUGUUAU